AUGUGCUAUUGUGGAGAUAGGGCUGGUAUGUGGACAUCAUGGACUCGAAAGAAUCCAGGUCGGAGGUUUUUUGGUUGCCCAAAUUACAUGGAUGAAGAGAAGGACUCUAUUUCUUUCAAUAACCCUGUUAAUGAAGGUGAAAUACCUAUUGAUGGCCCUAUUGCCCCUAUGAAUGUUGAUGUCCCUAUUUCCCCUGUGAAUGCUCUUGAACAUGAUAAUCAAAUUACAAUGCGUGAGAAUACACAUGUGCCUGGUAAUGAAUUUGGAUUUGCAAGUGGAUGA